CUCCACCAAAAAACAACUUCGAAUGCGGUUGCGCAAAUCAACGCCAUGGAUCAAUGGCAAGACUUCAAGUCUUUGCAGGAGCAGGUACAAGCCGCACUAAUUGCAACUACUCGAAGCGCCGGUCAAAUUUCCUCGGAAGAUCUUAGCUUCCAACGCUCGUUGAACCCAGAAGUAGGAACCGCCCUAGACGAACAAAGCAACCGCCUACUUGCUCUAUCGACCAGCUUGCUCAAGUCUGCUGCGUCUAUCUCGGAGCUGCGCGCGCCAGUUCUUGAAGACGUAGACGAUGUUGAGAACAAUUGGAGAAGUGUGGUGGAUGUAAUCGAUUCCUUGUUGGAGAAAGCGGAUACUUGCUUGGAUGAGUAUACUGGCAUGAUCAAGCGCAAAGAUCAACCGACCCUGGACCAGGUAAAACUACCCCAUAUAAUCUUGAAUCCGGAAAUUGACCUUCGUCUAGACGCCAUCAAGAGAACGAAAGCAACCAUUAGGAAAUGCUUUCCGAACCCAGAACCUCGUUAAACCCCAGCUUGCGUUCGAUAUCAAACCAAACAACCAUGAUACAUCACCCUGGAAACCGCUUCUUUCUUCGAAGCCACAUGCCACCGUUUCAUUGGAAGAUAGCUUGUCCACAUUUACGAAUGAUUUUGGGCAAUUAGCGUAUGAUGAAAUACAUUUUUUACUCCAGAUUUACACCUAGCCCAUCACCCCACAACCCAUUGGAUUUGCAAAUCGAGAAUGGAUCAAAUCAAAAAUAGACUGUAGCAAGUGUUUCAUUCAAAGCAAAGCUAACAAUUAAAUCAGAUAUAAACAUCCUUAUGAAAAAGAAAUACUGGAUCUCGAGUACCCGGACGCUAUUCGUGUGAAGGCAGAUCCAAUAAUGUACAAGCCAGUUGAAACAACGUCCGCAACAUUCGUUGAUACCGAAGAAGGCGUGUUUGAGAUGCUUAGCGAGCUCAGAAAUGCCACAGAAAUUGCUAUUGAUUUAGAGCAUCAUGAUGUCCGUACAUUUGUUGGACUUGUUUCACUUAUGCAAAUUAGCACUCGUGAGAAGGACUGGAUAGUUGAUACUCUCAAACCAUGGAGACACAAGCUACAAGUACUGAAUGAAGUGUUUGCGGAUCCUAAAAUCAUCAAGGUAUUCAUCAUCUGCUUUACUCUAAUUUUAUUCUAACUUUCUAGGUUUUCCAUGGCGCAUUCAUGGAUAUUGUGUGGCUUCAACGUGAUCUAGGUCUUUAUGUAGUUGGUCUCUUCGACACGCACUGGGCUAGUCGGACAUUGGGAUAUGCAGGUGGCAGUCUGGCAUUCUUGCUCAAGAAAUUCAUUGAUUUUGAUGCUGACAAAAAGUACCAAAUGGCUGAUUGGAGAAUACGGUAAGAACAUAUUUCGAUCUCGGAGUUAAAGAACUUGCUAACAGUCCUUGUAGACCUAUACCCGAUGAGAUGUUCUACUAUGCUAGAUCAGAUACACAUUUCCUACUUUACAUAUUCGAUAGUAUGCGAAAUGAGCUUAUUGAUCGGACAAAACCAGGCAAUCCCGAAGAAGACCGACUAGAGCAAGUUCUGCAAAAAUCCAAAGAAGUUUCUCUUUUGCGUUACGACCGACAAGUUUACAAUGCCGAAAGUGGUAGAGGUCCUGGAGGAUGGUACUCUCUGCUGAUUAAAACACCCGCUUUGUUCAAUAAUGAGCAGUUUUCAGUUUUCAAGGCUGUACAUGGAUGGCGAGAUCAAGUUGCUCGAACCGAUGAUGAUAGCACGAACUUUGUAAUGCCGAAUCAUGUCAUAUUCAGCAUUGCCAAGUUAACGCCUAUGGAUAUGGUUGCUCUUCUUGCCCUCUGUCAUCCUGUAUCACAUAGUGUGAAGUCUCGUACUGGCGAAUUGCUAGAAACUGUCAAGCUUGCCAAAGCACGCGGCAAAACAGGAGCCAGCAUGAUGGAUGUUCUUCGACCGGACACGCUCGGUGCUACGGCGAAAGCCAAUAUUCCUUCUUUGGCUGCUAAGGCAAAGCCAGCCUCAGAGAUGAUGGUUGCCGUCGUUGAUGAAGGAGACCUACGAAUCGAAAACUCGACCUUCUGGGGCAAUGCAUUUGGAAGCAGUAUAUGGGAUGAUUCUUCUCUGCUUGAUAAAACUCAAGAUCUGAGACUUGCAGUACCUUUACCACAGCUGUCCUCUGAGGUUUUUGCCAAAUCGAAUAGUUUUGGAACAUCUGUACCAGCUUUCAGAUCCGCUCCAUCAGUCACACAGCCGGCAAGCACACUAUCCAAGAAGGAUGAAGCCUUCGUGCUCAAACGGGGAUCCAAACCUAAGAGCGAGGAAAUCGAAGAUCUUGACGAGAAUGAGGCGGAGGGCGAAUACGACAUCUCAUUAAAUGACAUUUCAGACCCAGCAGAAGAUUCCUCAUCAGAAAAACGCAAACGAAAAGCGCAACGCAGAGCCGAGAAGAAAGCCAAGAAAGAAGCCAAAGCUGCAGCAAAGGCCCUCGCAGCCGCGGCCGAAGCAAACGAGGACGUGGACAAUGAUGAUGAUGAGGAAGAACCAUUUGAUUACAGUAAAGCGGAAUCAGUGUUGCAUGCUAAGCGUAAGCCUGAGGAGUAUACAGGUCCCAAGAAGGGGAAGAAACCGAAGAACGCACCUUUUGAUCCUUAUGCCAAGAGUGCGGAUGCAGCUAAGGGGAUGCGGAGGGCGCAGACGGAGAGGGCGGGGAAGAGUCAUACUUUUAAAAAUUGAAGGGGUGUGGUGUGGUGUGGUGCAGUUGGAGUGGAGAAAAUGGAAUAUACCCAAGUCCCUUUCCUUUUUUUUUC